GAGCUGCGGGCACGGCGGUGGCUGGGUCUCCCGGCUGCGCGCGGAGCGGGAGGGCUCUCCUCACACAAGCGCUUCCUUGCCGAGAGGCUGGAGCUGCGGUACCGCAGGCCUGAGCUACCCCUUCUCUGCUGUCUCCUUCUCUUCCUCAGGGCUCCCGUGUCUGCUCGCCCUCCGACGCUGCUCAGAAUAUUAAAGGAGACAGGAAGAAGUCCAGAUGAAGUGACUCAUGGAACCAUUUGUUUAUCUGAACCUGAGCUAAAUCUUAGGAGAGAAGGGAAUUUUACAAGAAACUGAAGUUUUGAUUCAGAUAUAUUUUGAAUUGAAACCAGAGAUGUUCUAGAGUUUAGAUUCUUUCAUUUGAUUAAGGUAUGGUCUGAAUAUGCGUUGCUUGGCAGCUCGGGUCAACUAUAAGACUUUGAUUAUUAUCUGCGCACUCUUCACUUUGGUCACAGUACUUUUGUGGAAUAAGUGUUCCAGUGACAAAGCAAUCCAGUUUCCACGGCGUUUGAGUAGUGGCUUCAGAGUGGAUGGGUUUGAAAAAAGAGCAGCAGCAGCAUCUGAGAGUAACAACUAUAUGAACCAUGUGGCCAAACAACAGUCUGAGGAAGCAUUCCCUCAGGAACAGCAGAAAGCACCCCCUGUUGUUGGGGGCUUCAAUAGCAAUGUGGGAAGUAAGGUGUUAGGGCUCAAAUAUGAAGAAAUUGACUGUCUCAUAAAUGAUGAACACACAAUUAAAGGGAGACGAGAGGGGAACGAAGUCUUUCUUCCAUUCACUUGGGUUGAGAAAUAUUUUGAUGUUUAUGGAAAGGUGGUUCAGUAUGAUGGCUAUGAUCGGUUUGAAUUCUCUCAUAGCUAUUCCAAAGUCUAUGCACAGAGAGCCCCCUAUCACCCCGAUGGUGUGUUUAUGUCUUUUGAAGGCUACAAUGUGGAAGUCCGAGACAGAGUCAAGUGCAUAAGUGGGGUUGAAGGUGUGCCAUUAUCUACACAAUGGGGACCUCAAGGCUAUUUCUAUCCAAUCCAGAUUGCACAGUAUGGGUUAAGUCAUUACAGCAAGAAUCUAACUGAGAAACCUCCUCACAUAGAGGUAUAUGAAACAGCAGAAGACAGAGACAAAAACAACAAGCCUAAUGACUGGACUGUGCCAAAGGGCUGCUUUAUGGCUAAUGUGGCUGAUAAGUCUAGAUUCACCAAUGUCAAACAGUUUAUUGCACCAGAAACCAGUGAAGGUGUAUCCUUGCAACUGGGAAACACAAAAGAUUUUAUUAUUUCAUUCGACCUCAAGUUCCUGACAAAUGGAAGUGUGUCCGUGGUUCUAGAGACCACAGAAAAGAAUCAGCUCUUCACUAUACAUUAUGUCUCAAAUGCUCAGCUAAUUGCUUUUAAAGAAAGAGAUAUAUACUAUGGCAUUGGGCCCAGAACUUCAUGGAGCACAGUUACCAGGGACCUGGUCACUGACCUCAGGAAAGGAGUGGGUCUUUCAAACACAAAAGCUGUCAAGCCAACCAAAAUAAUGCCCAAAAAGGUGGUUAGGUUGAUUGCAAAAGGUAAGGGAUUCCUCGACAACAUUACCAUCUCUACUACAGCCCACAUGGCUGCAUUUUUUGCUGCUAGUGAUUGGCUAGUAAGGAACCAGGAUGAGAAAGGUGGCUGGCCAAUUAUGGUGACCCGUAAGUUAGGGGAAGGGUUCAAGUCUUUAGAGCCAGGAUGGUAUUCUGCCAUGGCCCAAGGGCAAGCCAUUUCUACAUUAGUCAGGGCCUAUCUGUUAACAAAAGACCAUAUAUUCCUCAAUUCAGCUUUAAGGGCAACAGCCCCUUAUAAGUUUCUAUCUGAGCAGCAUGGAGUUAAAGCUGUGUUUAUGAAUAAACAUGACUGGUAUGAAGAAUAUCCAACCACACCUAGCUCUUUUGUUUUAAAUGGCUUUAUGUAUGCUUUAAUUGGGCUGUAUGACUUAAAAGAAACUGCAGGGGAAAAACUCGGAAAAGAAGCAAGGUCCUUGUAUGAGCGUGGCAUGGAAUCUCUUAAAGCCAUGCUGCCCUUGUAUGACACUGGCUCAGGAACCAUCUAUGACCUCCGUCACUUCAUGCUUGGCAUCGCUCCUAACCUGGCUCGCUGGGACUAUCAUACCACGCACAUCAAUCAGUUGCAGCUGCUCAGUACCAUUGAUGAGUCCCCAAUCUUAAAAGAAUUUGUCAAGAGGUGGAAAAGCUACCUUAAAGGCAGCAGGGCAAAGCACAACUAGAGCUCACAACCAAAAUUAUACUUCAGCCUCUACUGUACACAGAAACUACAGGCUCUGUCUCAGGAGAGCAUAGGCACAUUUUAAAAGGUUAUGUACUAGGUUUUUGUGGAUUCUAUCAAAGUGAUAAGUGAUCCUUAAAACCAGCCUUCUAAAAUAAUUGCAUUCCAUGGGUUGGGUAUUUAGAAAUGUAGGUGGCAUUUAGAACACAAUGUUUAAUCAAUGGGCUGAACAAAGAUGCUUCACUUUGCUUUGCCCAUCACCCUAUACAGUUUCGCAGAUAGUCUAGUCACUCUAUGUGAGAAAGAUAAUGGUAAGUAGUUGCUACUGGCCAACCGUCUAGCACUUACCUGAAAACUUAGUAUGGAGCUCUUUUAAAAUGUGAUUAUUUAUAUUUAUGUUGAAAGAGGACUUUAAAAAAAAUAAUGUGCUGUAAUACAGUAAAUAUGUACUUGUAGCCUGGAUAGCAGACUGUGUUCAACUUUUUAAAAAAGAUGUUUCCUUUCUAUAGAUUAAUUUCUUGGGAGCAAAUGAGUAUUUGUUGCAUUUGUUCAAUUUGUUGUAUAUGGUGAAUAUUUAAUUAUGGUUUUCUUGAAACGUGUAAAUUAAAAACAAUCAGUGUUCAGGCUUCACAGUUAUAUAAUGUAAGCACAACUAAAAUGAAACUUGUUGACUGCACAAGAAAUUACAAAAAUGUUUCUGUUUUGAAACUUGAUCUACAAUCAGUAAAAGUUUGAUAAUCAGUAUAUCCCUCCCCAACCCCCAUUGUGACAGUUUCUUUUUGUCACUAUCUAGAAUUUUGUAUUUUAUUUCAGACUAUACCUUGGAGUUUUGUAUAUUUUGAGAGAGAUAUUUUUGGGACAUUAUUUUGGAAACUUAUUACAAAUCUAAAUUUGGAAAGGAGCUAGUAGCUUUAAGGCCACCACCAUAUUUUGCUUUUUUAGGAUUUUUCCCCCUUUAAAUAAAAAUAUUAGAUCAAAUACUAUAUACAAGAAUCAUAGCAAAGUUUUUUUUUCCUACCAAGAUCAUUCUUGAUCAUCAGCUUCCCAAACUAGUGAGUCUGUGCAUCAUUGGGUUUUUUUUUAAUUUAAUUUUAAAUUAUUCCAGCUAUUAGAUAGAAGAGAUGUUACUGCACUUAUGUGUAAUCAGAUCUUUAUUUAGGUAUACAUAUCCUCCUAUACUGCACAUAAAUAGAUUUCAGAGCCCCAUACAAUGGGCAGUGUCUGCUAUAGGGCUUCAGGCAUUAAAUAAAACCGAGGGUUGUUGAUUUUGCUGUGACAGUACACUAAAUCAAUACUAUAUCUUAUACAGUUUGAAAAUAUGAUACCCUACACUUUCAGGGGACCGAGUCUGACAAACACAAUGCAUUUAUCUGUGACCUAUAUCAAGUACACAUUUAGGAGCCAGGUAGGUUACCUGCUUACACACUAUAUUUUAAUGGAAUUCAAACUACCAAGCACUACUUAGAAACUGGAAAACAUAUAUAUGUUAGCAUCACAGGGGGCAGAAGCAAAGAAGAUACAGAUCUGCACUGAAGACAUUAAACUGGCCAUAGAAAAGUAAGCUUGAACUCCCAGUUGAUGUGACCACACUUUUCUUAAUUUUGCUUACAGUAAAAACACUUUUGAGUUAUUAGGCUUACCCCUAGCUUUUGACCUUUGCGUUUCAUAUAUGUUAGAUGUCUCAGCAAGAAUAUCUGGUCUCCCCUAAUUUUUAUUCCCAGUGCCAAUGUUCAAAAUAAACUUUCUUCAAUCUGGGAACCUUUUUUACUUCCCCAUAUUUGUUAUUAUUUAGAAUGGUUCAUACGUCUGCUUUGUUUGCAUACUGGUCUUCAGAUUAUGAGACUCAAUGAUAACAGUAUGGUUCUGCUUCUGUGACAAAUAUCGUGCCUUAACAAUGUGGCUGUCCUUUUCCACUGAAGAGGGAAAGACUUUUUGAUCUAGAAAUAGCGUUGUGAUUUCCUUGCUGUUGGUUUUACACUGCCUUCCACAUUGCAACAGCAACUCGAUUUGUCUUGUGAUCCCAGAAUUUUCUAAGAGGAUGAGUUGAACCUAUAGCAGCAUUGUCAGUACAGACCAGUGGUUCUCAAACUUUAAAAUGCCUCAGCAUCACUUGGGAGCUUAUUAAAAUGCAGAUCCCAGAGUCAGUAAAUCUGCCUGUGAAGUAUGAUAGUCUGCAUUUGUAAUGAGCAUUCAACUGAUUCUGAUGCAGGUGAGCUGGGGGCAUACAGGGAGGAACACUGCCCUGGACUAUCCGUUGCAUUUUUGCCUCUAAACAACUACAGAAUUUUCUAGGGUUUUAAAUUAUGUGAAAUGUUUACUUAUUCUGAGCUUGGAGAGAAUGGGGAGGGUAUUUUUAAAUUUUAUUGUUUUGUUUCUUUAAAUUUUUCUUUGCUUUAAGAUUAUAGGUAUUAGGUUUGUUUUUGUUUUUCCACUUAUCUUGAGUUCACUUUGAUGUUAAAUCUAUGUUACUUCAGUUGUAAAACCAGCCAAAAGUUUCUGGAUGAAGGUCAAGUUUGACCUUUUAGGAGUUAUUGUACAUAAAGGCUUCAUCCAAGAACCAUCCAGCGCACAGAAGCAAAUGCAAAAAUGACACAAGCACAACUCUCCAGAUGUGGCUCCUUCUCCUUUCUCAGUGCAGACUCUCACUGAAAGCUGCUAUUUUCAUCCUCCUCGUGGUUGCUUUUGUUUCUCUUCCAUCGUACAUGUGGGUUAUAUACCAUAUGUUAAAUAUGCAAUAAAGUGUUUACAGGAUGCCCUUCCGAAGGGUAGUCCUUUGUAAAGCUGUACAGACUUUGCAGUUUAAGCACAAUGUGCACAUGUUAGUUUUAUAUACAGCAAAACUUGAUUUUUUGCAGAUGGAAAGGUAUUUUGUUUCUAUACAAAGUAAAUGGAUUGUUUGUGCUUAAUGUAAAGCCGCUUUAUAAAACUGUAAAAUAAAGUUUUUUUCUUAAAAA